AGUUCUGGAGUAGCGAUGAAAUAAAAAAGCUAUCAAUCAUCAACUAUAACCCAAAAAAAACUCGAUUCCGUAGACAACAUAGAGGACGAAUGAAAGGGCUCGCUUCUCGAGGUAAUCAUAUUUCUUUCGGUAAAUAUGGACUUCAAGCACUUGAACCCGCUUGGAUCACAUCUAGACAAAUUGAAGCAGGUCGACGGGCAAUGACACGCAAUGCGCGUCGAGGAGGUAAAAUCUGGGUACGUAUAUUUCCUGAUAAACCUGUUACUAUACGCCCAGCAGAAACACGUAUGGGUUCGGGAAAGGGAUCCCCAGAAUUUUGGGUAUCUGUUGUUAAACCCGGGCGAAUACUUUAUGAAAUGGAUGGUGUAACAAAAAAUGUUGCCAAAAGAGCCUUUGGUAUAGCAGCAUCAAAAAUGCCUAUACGAACUCAAUUCAUUUUUUCGGAAAUAAAAUAAAAUCGAAACGGCGGACUUAAACAGAUUUCUUCGUAGAUUUUUGGACAAAAAAUAUUUCUUUUUUCUUUGCACAUUGCGGUGAUAAAAACGGAGUAAGAAAUGAUAUGAUUCAAUCUCAAACCCAGUUAAAUGUAGCAGAUAAUAGCGGGGCUCGAAAAAUAAUGUGUAUUCGAAUAAUCGGAUCUAGCAAUCGGCGAUAUGCUCAUAUUGGUGACAUUAUUGUUGCUGUUAUAAAAGACGCUGUGCCUAAUAUGACUCUUGAAAAAUCGGAAGUCGUCAGAGCCGUAAUUGUGCGGACCCGUAAAGAACUCAAACGUGACAACGGAAUUAUACUACGAUAUGAUGAUAAUGCCGCAGUUAUUAUUGAUAAAGAGGGAAAUCCAAAAGGAACCAGAAUUUUUGGUGCAAUCCCACGAGAAUUGAGAAAAUUAAAUUUUAAUAAAAUUGUUUCCUUAGCUCCCGAAGUAUUAUAAAAAGCUUUUUAAUCUAGUCUACGAACUUUAAAAAAUCUAGGUAUCGCCUGAACAUUGGGUAAAAUCUGUCUAACGUAUAUAACUUUACCACACGCAAAAUUCAUCAAAAAAUAAAGAGAAAAGCAUGUUUAUAUUAUAUAAAAUUUUUGAGCCUACUAAUUCAUAUUCAUCAUGGGUAGAGACACUAUUGCUGAGGUAUUAACGGUUAUACGAAAUGCUAAUAUGGAUGGAAAAAAAAUGGUUAAAAUUCCGUCCAGUAAUAUUACUGAAAAUAUUAUAAAACUACUUUUACGAGAAGGUUUUCUUGAAAACGUGCGAAAACACUAUGAAAACGGAAACUAUUUUUUGGUCUUAACUUUGCGCCAUCAAAAGACUAAAAAAGGGCCUGUUACGAAUAUUUUAAAUUUAAAACAGAUAAGCCGACCCGGUCGACGAAUCUAUUCUAUGUCCAAAAAAAUCCCUAGGAUUUUGGGUGGAAUAGGAAUUGUAAUUCUUUCUACCUCACAUGGCAUACUUACAGACCGAGAGGCCCGACUAGAAGGAAUCGGGGGAGAGAUUUUGUGUUAUAUAUGGUAGAUGCUUUGUUCGUUUUUUCAGCUAAUUGUUAAUUUAUUGAAAAAAGAAAUUGCUUUAAA